AGAUCGUUCUCGACUACGGCAAACGCUGUGCUCGUUCCCGGUGCACCAAUUCAGUCGAUAUCCACAGCAAGAGUAUCCCCAUGGAACAGAGCAAUAAAACGACAAAGCCAAUUGUAGUCAUCCUCGGUUCUACGGGGACUGGCAAAACAAAGCUGUCCCUCGAGUUGGGUACACGGUACGGGGGUGAGAUUAUCAGCGCCGAUUCGAUGCAGGUGUAUAAAAAUUUGGACAUUGUCACCGCAAAGGCGACUAAAGAUGAGCAGAAGUUAGUAAAGCACCACAUGCUGGACGUAACCACUAUUGAUCAGGCCUUCACCGUCACUCAUUUCCGCGAGCAGGCGCUACCGAUUAUCGAUUCUUUGCUAGCGGACAACCGAAUACCGAUCAUAGUUGGCGGCACGAACUACUACAUAGAAAGCCUACUUUGGCAAAUCCUGAUCAGUGAUAGUGUUAAACGGGAGCGUUUUCGCCGUCGUGAAGUCACCGACUCGCGAACCGAUUGUGAGGUAUCGUUACAGCACUACAACCACACUGAUGCCUUGGACGAGGCAGCGAAAAUCAUGGAUCGUUCUGAAAGCCCAAAAACUCUGGUUUACGGGGACCUAGAAGCACUGCUACAGAAUUGCAGCAAAAUGCAAGCCGUCGAUGAGCUAAACUAUUACGACUCGGCGUUACUACACCGCGCGUUGACUUCGGUUGAUCCACAGUCGGCCGAACGCUUGCAUCCAAAUAAUAAGAGAAAAGUGAUCCGGUAA